CGAGUAUCACGCAUGCGCGCAGCACACGAGGCCUUGAAAAUGUCGGUUGCAGGUUAAAAACGAGAAGGAAUUUGUCGCCGGGGAUCUCAAACAGAAAACGCCAGUUUUGCUGUCUCUGUCUGGAUAUUUAAGAAGUGGAGCGAGGGAUUCAAUCGACUAUCCUUCCUGCUCAGACUGUGGAGAGGGAUUCAAUUGAUCAUUUGACCAAAUAGCAAGCCAGUCAUCUUACACAGGAGAAAGGCUGUUCACCUUCUCAGACAGUGGGAAUAGAUUCACUCAAUUAUCACAAUUGAAGGUACAUCAGCAAGUUCACACUGGGCAAGGCCAUUCAUCUGUUCUGUGUGUGAGAAAGGAUUCAGUUGGACCUGAGGACACACCAGUCAGUUCACACCACACCUGGUAGAGGCUGGUGAUCUGCUGAAUUUCUGGGAAAAGAUUCACUCAGUCAUUUGACCUUAUGGCUCACCAGCGAGUUCACACUGGGGAGAAGCCAUUCACCUGUUCAGUCUGUGGAAAGGGAUUCACUCAGUCAUCCAACCUACGGAGUCCCCAGCGAGUUCACACUGGGGAGAGGCCGUUCACCUGUUCAGAAUGUGAGAAGAGAUUCACUCAGUCAUCCAACCUACGGAGUCCCCAGCGAGUUCACACUGGAGAGAGGCGCUUCACCUACUCAGUCUGUGGGAAGAGAUUCACUCAGGCAUCCAACCUACGGAGACAUCAGCGAGUUCACACUGGGGAGAGGCCGUUCACCUGUUCAGUCUGUGGGAAGAGAUUCACUCGGUCAUCCAACCUACUGGUACAUCAGCGAGUUCACACUGGGGAGAAGCCAUUCACCUGCUCAGAAUGUGGGAAAGGAUUCAGUGAGUUAUCCAACCUACUGGUACAUCAGCGAGUUCACUCUGGGGAGAAGCCAUUCACCUGCUCAGUCUGUGCGAAGGGAUUCACUCGGUCAUCCCAACUACAGAAUCAUCAGCGAGUUCACACUGGGGAGAAGCCAUUCACCUGCUCAGAAUGUGGUAAAGGAUUCAGUGAGUUAUCCAACCUACUGGUACAUCAGCGAGUUCACACUGGGGAGAAGCCAUUCACCUGCUCAGAAUGUGGGAAAGGAUUCAGUGCUUUAUCCAGCCAACUGAGACAUCAGCGAGUUCACACUGGGCAGAAACCGUUCACCUGUUCAGAAUGCGGGAAGAGAUUCACUCAGUCAUCCCACCUGCAGAGUCAUCUGCCAGUUCACACUGGAGAGAAGCCAUUCCCCUGCUCAGAAUGUGGGAAGAGGUUCAGUCACUCACGCUCCCUGCAGAGACACCAGUCAGUUCACACUGGGGAGAAGCCGUUCAUCUGCUUAGUCUGUGGGAAGAGAUUCACUGAGUCAUCCAGAUUACUGGUACAUCAGCGAGUUCACACUGGGGAGAAGCCGUUCAUCUGCUUAGUCUGUGGGAAGAGAUUCAAUAACUCAUCCAGAUUGCUGGAACAUCAGCGAGUUCACACUGGAGAGAGGCCAUUCACCUGCUCAGAAUGUGGGAAGAGAUUCACUCACUCUUCCACACUACAGAGACAUCAGCGAGUUCACACUGGAGAGGAGCCAUUUACCUGCUCUGGGAAAGGAUUCACUCAGUCAUCUGACCUAAUGGCACACCAGCGUGUUCACACUGGGCUGAGGCCGUUCACCUGCUCACAAUGUGGGAAGGGAUUCACUCAGUCAUCCCACCUGCACAGUCACAAACGAGUUCACACUGGGGAGAAGCCAUUCACCUGCUCAGUCUGUGGGAAGGGAUUCACUCAGUCAUCCACACUACAGAGUCAUCAGCGAGUUCACACUGGAGAGAGGCCAUUCACCUGCUCAGAGUGUGGGAAGGGAUUCACUCGGUCAUCCCAACUACUGGCACACCAGCAAGUUCACACUGGGGAGUGGCCUUUCACCUGCUCAGAAUGUGGGAAAGGAUUCACUAAGUCAUCCAGCUUACUGGUACAUCAGCGAGUUCACACAGGGGAGAAGCCAUUCAGCUGCUCAGUGUGUGGGAAGAGAUUCAUUCAGUCAUCUUACCUGCAGAGUCAUCAGCGAGUUCACACAGGGGAGAAGCCGUUCAGCUGCUCAGUGUGUGGGAAGAGAUUCACUCAGUCAUCCCACCUACAGAGUCACCAGCGAGUUCACACCGGGGAGAGGCCGUUCACCUGCUCAGACUGUGGUAAGAGAUUCACUCAGUCUUCCACCCUACAGAGUCAUCAACGAGUUCACACUGGGGAGAGGCCGUUCACUUGCUCAGAAUGUGGGAAGAGAGUCACUGAUUCAUCUGCCCUACAGAAGCAUCAGCGAGUUCAUACUGGGGAGAAGCCGUUCACCUGCUCAGAAUGUGGGAAGAGAUUCACUGAUUCAUCCACCCUACAGAAGCAUCAGCGAGUUCAUACUGGGGAGAAGCCGUUCACCUGCUCAGAAUGUGGGAAGAGAUUCACUCAAUUAUCCAAUCUACAGAGACAUCAUCGAGUUCACACUGGGGAGAAGCCGUUCACCUGCUCAGUCUGUGGGAAGAGAUUCACUGAUCCAUCCACACUACUGAGUCAUCAGCGAGUUCACACUGGGGAGAAGCCAUUCACCUGCUCAGAAUGUGGGAAGGGAUUCACUCGGUCAUCCUACCUACAGAGUCAUCAACAAGUUCACACUGGAGAGAAGCCGUUCACCUGCACAGAAUGUGGGAAGAAAUUCACUUGGUCAUCCACACUACAGAGUCACCAGCGAUUUCACACCGGGGAGAAGUCGUUCAUCUGCUCAGACUGUGGGAAGGGAUUCACUGACUCUUCCACCCUACAGAGACAUCAGCGAGUUCACACUGGGGAGAAGCCAUUCACCUGCUCAGAAUGUGGGAAGGGAUUCACUCAGUCAUCCCACCUACUGGAACACAAGUUAGUUCACACUGGGGAGAAGCCGUUCACCUGCGCAGAAUGUGGGAAGAGAUUCGCUCACUCAUCCAACCUACAUAGUCAUCAGCGAGUUCACACUGGGGAGAAGCCGUUCACCUGCUCAGAAUGUGGGAAGAGAUUCACACACUCUUCCACCCUUCAGAGACAUCAGCGAGUUCACACUGGGGAGAAGCCGUUCACUUGCUCAGAAUGUGGGAAGGCAUUCACUCAGUCAUCCCACCUACUGGCGCACCAGUCAGUUCACACUGGGGAGAGGCUGUUCACCUGCUCAGACUGUGGGAAGGGAUUCACUCAGUCAUCCAACCUACAGAGACAUCAGCAAGUUCACACUGGGGAGAAGCCGUUCACCUGCUCAGACUGUGGGAAGGGAUUCACUUGCUCAUCCACACUAAAGGCACACCAGCGAGUACACACAGGGGUGUGGCCAUUCACCUGCUCUGAAUGUGGGAAGGGAUUCAGUAAGUCAUCUGAUCUACAAAAACACCAGCGAGUUCACACUGGGGAGAGGCCGUUCAUCUGCUCGGACUGUGGGAAGGGAUUCAGUCAUUCAUCCACCCUACACAGUCACCAACGAGUUCACACAGGGGAGAGGCCAUUCACCUGCUCAGAAUGUGGGAAAGGAUUCAGUCAUUCAUCCACCUUACAGAGACAUCAGCGAGUUCACACUGGGGAGAAGCCAUUCACCUGCUCAGAAUGUGGGAGGGGAUUCACUCAGUCAUCUGAUCUACAUAACCACAAGCGAGUUCACACUGGGGAGCGGCCAUUCACCUGCUCAGUCUGUGGGAAGGGAUUCACACAGUCGUCCAAACUAUUGGCACACCAGUCAGUUCACACUGGGGAGCGGCCGUUCACCUGCUCAGACUGUGGGAAAGGAUUCACGCUGUCAUCUAAUCUACUGAGACACCAGCGAGUUCACACUGGGUAGAGGCCGAUCACCUGCUCAGUCUUUGGCAAGAGAUUCUCUCGGCCAUCUCCACCAAAUGUGCAUGAUUGUCAAGUCAAACUUGAGUUUCAGGAAGGUAUCAAGGAAGAGCAAGAAUUCACUCGCAGAGAGGACGGAACCUUCUGCCUGAGGGCGGUUUCUGCCCAGAACAUUUGGGCGGACCCCAGCGUCACAGUGGCAAUCCGAGAGCAGCGUCACAUCCCGCGGUAAAAUGCCGAACUUUAAAUAAUUGUUGAGACUGUUUCAGGGAGAGAAGCACGGCUGUCACUGCGUUUGGGUGAACUCCGCCAUCGGGAUCAUCGCACACAGGCACUUCUUGAAAACGGCGCAAGGCUUAAGAAGAGCUCGCGGACCUUCAAAAGGGUUCACCCAGUUUGGAAUCAUAACGAUCCAGUAGAGAAACGGAGGUGCAUGUCCGAAAUCGUCUCCGAAGUUCGACAGGCAGCCAGUUUUUCACCUGAUCCUAAUGCUAAUGUCACUGCCACUGCCUUAUGACUUAUGACUAACCUUGACUAGACUAAUGACUGACUUACCGCUGGUUAUUUAUGACUACUGACUAAUAAUUAUUAACUGCCACGCUUGCGAAAAUAAAAAUAAAAAAGGAAAAAGAAGGAAAGCUGUUUGGUCAUUGAGUGGAAUC